CGCAACCAAGACUCCCGCAAAAGGGUUAGUAUGGCGUCAGACCGAUCCCCCUUUGUGGCUCCGCUUUGCACGCUGUUCAACGAGGUCAAUAGACGAUCCUUUCGGGCGGCUCUGUGGAGGCACAACGAAUUGUACGGGCUUUCGUUGGCUGCUUGCCAGGGGAGUGCCGAGCCCACAUGGGGUGACGGGCGAUGAUGACCUAAAAGCAAACAGUCCAUCGGUGCAAAUCAGGCAAUAAGCCCUGGGAAUCGGGUGUUGCGCGCCGGACCGAAGUGUCUUCAAGCUAGCCCAGGGUCUGUUUCAUUGUUCAUCCUAGAGACAGCC